AUGGCUCGAGUUCCAGCAAUAAAAAGGCGCAAGCUUACUCCUCCUCCCACUGAUGGCGAGGAUUCAUCCCCAUCCACCCUCGACAAUGUGCCCCAGACCAGCGACUUCUUCAAGCAGGCGUCGAGCUGGAAUCUAGAGCAGGACUACGAGGCGAGACCGCGGAUCGGCAAGAAGAAGGACAAGGAGAGCACACGGCUGCCAAUCAAAACAUCAGAUGGUUUGAUCCAGGAGCUCGAGGUUCCAGAGGAAACCAAGGAUGCCGACAGCGAAAAGGAAUGGCUGGGCGCGGAGGAGUCUGAGGAAGAUGAGCCCGAAGUCGAGAAAAAACCCAUCGUUCCGAUGCGACAGCAGAUUCUCGAGGCACAGGAGGAAAUGGCCCGGAUAGCAUUGAUGGUCACCCAAGAGGAUCCGGAAGAGCACGUGGGGGCCUUCAAGGCUUUAGCGCAAUUUGGGCAGCAUCACAACACGACGAUCAAAAAGCUGGCUCUGAAGGUCCAACUUUCGGUUUACAAAGAUGUCAUUCCAGGCUACAGGAUACGACCGUUGUCAGAGGUGGACAUGGAGACCAAGGUGUCCAAGGAGGUGCGGAAGCUAAGAGCCUAUGAGCAGGCUCUUGUCGGCGGAUACCAAGGGUACGUUCGUGAGUUGGGGAAGCUGGCACAGUCUGGGAGAUCCGGGAAUUCGAGGGACGGAGGGGCGAGCUUAGGAAGUGUCGCGGUGUCCUGUGUCUGUUCUCUGCUAACUGAGGUGCCGCACUUCAAUUUCCGUGGAGAUUUGUUGAAAAUUCUGGCGAAGAAGCUCAGCGUGAGGAUCAAGGACGAGGACUUUGUCAAAUGUCGAGAAACAAUCGAGACUGUAUUCCGGGAUGACGAAGAUGGCACUCCGUCUCUGGACGCCGUGGCCAUUUUGACGAGGAUGAUGAAGGAGCGGUCGUACCGUGUGGACGAGAGCGUCUUGAAUACGUUUUUGCAUCUGCGGCUGCUGACCGAAUUCUCAUGGAGAGCAUCGACAAACCAUAUCGACAAACCCGAGAACAAAUUCGAGAGAAAAAUCAAGGAGAAGAGGGUGUUCCGGACCAAGAAGGAGAGGAAGAUGAUGAAGGAGCGGAAGGCGGUUGAGAAGGAGAUGGAACAGGCUGAUGCUACUGUGAGCCAUGAGGACCGGGACCGAAUGCAGUCCGAGACCUUGAAGCUGGUAUUCGUCACGUACUUGCGGAUUCUGAAAAUGCGAUCCGCCCACCUCAUGGGUGCUGUAUUGGAAGGGUUGGCUCGCUACGCACAUCUCAUCAACCAGGACCUGUUCGGGGACCUUCUCGAGGCUUUGAAGGAUCUCAUCGGCCAUGCCGAGACAGGUGACGAUGUUGAUGAGGACCCUGAGGACAUAGAAACAUCGAGGAAUCUUACCCGCGAAGCACUCCUCUGCAUCAUCACAGCAUUCGCUCUGCUCGAGGGUCAAGACGCCGCCAAAGCCCAAGCAAGCCUCAGUCUUGAUCUUACUUUCUUUAUCACCCACCUCUACCGAACCCUGCACGCCCUCUCCCUGAACCCCGACAUCGAACUGAGCGCCAAGUCCCUGCAUCUUCCAGAUCCUAACAUGCCGACAUGGUCUCACGAAAACAAAGUCAACAUCCAAACCACGACUGUUCUCCUCCUCCGCUCUCUCUCGUCGAUCCUCACCCCCAACCUGGCUGCUCGUGCCGUUCCACCUCUCCGCAUCGCCGCCUUCACGAAGCAACUUGCUACAACAUCGCUCCAUCUACCGGAGAAGUCAUGCACUGCGAUGGUCACGUUCCUUGGCAAAGUCACCAAAAUUCAGGAGAAGAAGGUCGCUUCGUUGUGGAAUACGGAAGAGCGACGUGGAGAUGGCGUCUUCGACGCGUUGACUGGAGAGGUUGAAGGCAGCAACCCCUUUGCUGCCACCAUUUGGGAAGGAGAGCUGCUGAGGAAACAUUUCUCGCCCAACGUCAGAGAUGGUGUGAAGGCAAUGGAAAAGAACAUCUUAGGUUUAAGAUAG